UUACUCCCAACAUGUCCGCCUCUGCGACUGCAGAAGAAAAAUAUGAACUCAUCACACGUCGUAUUGAAGAGGUCCUUGGAGGUGACCUGAUUAAAUCAAUUCUCGCAGAGGGAAGAGCACCAAAGUGCUACUGGGGUACCGCACCGACGGGCAGGCCACAUGUCGGAUACUUCGUUCCCUUGUUCAAAAUCGCGGAUUUCCUGCGAGCAGGUGUUGAAGUGAAAAUUCUCCUCGCAGACAUACAUGCCUUUCUCGACAACCUCAAGGCCCCGCUCGAACUUGUUGCUCACCGCACGAAAUAUUACAAGUUUAUCUUACUCGCCGUCUUCACUUCGCUAGGCAUCCCAACCUCGAGGUUGAUAUUUGUAGAAGGAUCAUCUUACCAACUAACUAAAGAGUACAAUCUCGACAAUUACCGUCUCUGUGCGACGGUGACGGAACACGAUGCCAAAAAGGCGGGUGCUGAGGUUGUCAAGCAAGUGGAGAGCCCAUUGCUUAGUGGAUUGUUGUAUCCGGGCUUGCAAGCUCUGGAUGAGCAGUACUUGGGUGUCGAUUUCCAGUUUGGAGGGAUAGACCAACGUAAAAUCUUCACUUUCGCGGAGUUGUACUUACCUAGACUCGGGUAUGCGAAGCGUGCGCACUUGAUGAACGCGAUGGUUCCGGGCUUGGCUGGAGGCAAAAUGUCCUCCUCAGAUCCGCAUUCAAAAAUAGACUUCUUGGAUCCCCCUGAAGUUGUGCAGAAGAAAAUCGGGAAAGCCUUUUGCCAAGAAGGAAAUGUGACCGAGAACGGGCUGCUUGCAUUCGCAGAUGCUGUUCUCUUCCCGAUCAGUGCCUUACGAUUAGAACAACAGAAGGGUAUAGACGUCGGCGGCGGCGGAGUACAUGCUGAAAAUUUAUCUCUCAAGCCUUUUGUCACCAUCGAUGCGCCUGAAGGCGCCUUAUUUUCGAUUGAUAGAGAUAAAAAUUUCGGUGGACCGAUGCACUACGACUCUUAUAAAGAGAUGGAGAAUGAUUUUGCGUCCAAGAAAUUGCACCCCAAAGACCUAAAGAGUGGCGUCGGUAGUGCUAUCAUUAGCCUGCUGGAACCGAUACGGAAGGCAUUCGAGGAGAACGAAGAAUGGAAGGAAGUUGAAAAGCUUGCCUAUCCCGACCCGAACGCUAAACCUGAGAAGAAAAAGAAAAAGGUACCAUGCUAUCUUCCUCUGUCGGCUGGAUAUUGAUGAAUGCUCAGUACGAGAAAGUAUACCAUCCUCCUCCUCCAGGAAAAGGAAAGAAAAUUCACAACCAAAAACCUCAAGCCUCGGAAGCUGAGGCACCAAAGCCCGAAGAGGAUGGAGCUUCAUGAUAUUUUCUGUAUUAACUAGAAUUUCCGAAAUUGCAUCAGCAUCUUAACAAUUAA